GGGACAGGUGAGAGCACAGGCACAGAGAUCCAGCGACAUCCUCUCACCUGAGUCAGCCCGGGACAGCAUUUGAAGAUGGUCAAGUCGGUGUUGUCGGUGAUCUUGGUCCUGGUGGCCGUGUCCUCCGUCUUUGGGAAAAAAUACAUCCCCAAGUCUGGCAAGAGGAUUCCUCAGACUCUGUCCAAAGGUUGGGGUGAUCAGCUCAUCUGGGUUCAGACGUAUGAGGAAGGCCUCUAUAUCUCCAGGACAACGAACAAGCCUCUGAUGGUUCUUUUCCACCUUACGGAAUGUCCACACUGCACAGCGCUGAAGAAAGUUUUCUCUGAAGAUAAAGAAAUUCAGAGACUUCUUGACGAGGAGUUUGUUAUCCUCAACCUGGAGUAUGAAACCACGGACAAACAUCUGUCUCCUGAUGGACAGUACGUUCCCAGGAUCCUCUUUGUUGACCCCUCCAUGACAGUGAGGGCUGAGAUCGUUGGACCCUAUAAAAACCGCUAUUAUUCCUACGAACCAACUGACCUCAAACUCUUGCUAAACAACCUGAAGAAGGCGUUGAAGCUCCUCAAGACUGAGCUGUGAGCUCAGACGCUUGCUCAACCCACGGCCCAGAUCCACCCUCCAUCAUCAUCAUCAGACCUUCGCACUGUUUCUUUUCCAAAGCUCAUGUUUGAUUCUUAUUCUUUAUUAUUACUGUACACAUCUACGAUGUAUUUUAAAUAAAAAUUGA